AUGGUCACGACUCGUGCUCAGGCCAGGGCCGAAAGUGGAAAUGACGAUGAUACAGAUUCACGGCCCAGGUAUUAUGAGAGUGAAGAAGACUCUGGUUUCGAGUUGGAGGAAGAAGAUGGCGAUGACGAGUAUGGUCCUCAGACUGAUUCAAGGCGUUUACGGUCAACAUUUACAGAUCGACCUGAAGAUGGAGAUGAUGCUGAUGAAGACGAGAUGAUGCUUGUCCAAAUUCCUGACUCUGCACAAGUCUCUGAUCCGAAUAUGGCCUCACCACAUCCAUGGUCAUUAGUUGACACUCGCGACUUUCUUUCUUCUUCCUCUUCUCCUUCGGACCAGUCAAUGGAGCCGCCGGACGACGCCCAUACACCAACACUUCACGAAGCCAUCAUACCGCGAUACAAGCCAACCUUUUUUGAACAGCAGCACGAGUCAGGACCGCCUUCCUACGAGGACCUUUUACGGCUCGAGUUUUACCAGACGUUCCCUCACGAUCCCGCGGCCACGCUGUGCAAAUACCAUUUCUUGCAGAUUGCCGAACGGUGGUAUCGGCGUCGUCAGGGACAAACAGAGCAGAUGUUUCAUAACAUCAGGAAGAAAUUUCCGCAUGGUAGAGUGGAGAAUCUGUUCGAUUAUAUGCGUGAUGGGGAUAUUUUGAAGCAGCUCAUAUGGGGCGAGGAGUGGCGACAGAUGCCACAUGAGAAGUUUAUGGAGGCUUUGAGGCUUGGGCUGCGUUAUGCUGAAAUCACACAAGCUCGGCACCGCCGCGAAGCUAUUGCUAGGACGGGGAAGCGUCCGAGAUGUAGUCUGGAGAGUUGCGGCAAGUUGAGUUGUGGGUAUUGUCUUGCGAGGAAGAAUGAGGGGGGUGAUUUGUAUGAGUUGAUGGGAGAAGCGAGAGCGGAGGAACUCCAUGGGGAGUGGCGAGAAGAAGACGUUGCUGCGUUUGAGGAGUAUGAGAGGAGGGGGGUGGAAGAGGAGGGUGAGAGGGCUGAUGUACGGCCUGUGUAUGUGGGUGUGGGGGAGUUGUAUUUCAUUGUGGAUGUGUGUAAUGGGGAGACGAUGGUUCGGUUCCAGUGA